AUGACAUGUGUACGAGCAUAUCAUACAGCAUCGUUAUUAAAGAAUGGAAAUGUAUUAGUAGCUGGUGGAAGUGGAGGUGGUAUUAUAAUUUACAACACUGCUGAGAUAUACAAUGCAUCGGCAGGUAUAUGGGUCAAAACUGGUAACAUGAUAUAUCCACGUGAGGGGCACACAGCAUCUGUACUCCCCAAUGGAUUAGUAUUAGCUGCUGGUGGAGGGAAUAACGAAGCAAUAAUUUUCAAUACUGCCGAGUUAUAUAAUCCUUCGACGGGUCGUUGGACUAAAACUGGUAAUAUGACACAUCAAAGAGUAUUUCACACCGCAACUGUAUUGAAAGAUGGGAAAGUCUUAGUUGUUGGUGGAUCAGAUAGUGAUGGACCAACUUUAAACACUGCUGAGAUAUAUGAUCCAUCAACAGGUAAAUGGACUCUUACUGGUAGUCUAAACGUUGCACGAUAUGGACACACAGCAUCUGUACUUAAUGACGGGUCGUCAACAUGUGUGUUAAAGAACGGAAAAGUAUUAGCAAUUGGCGGACAAGGUGGAAUUAAGGAUUUAAAAAGUACUGAGUUGUAUGAUCCAUCAACUGGUCAUUGGACGAUUACCGGCAAUUUACAUCACCCAAGAUCGUAUUCGACAGCAUGUCUAUUAAAUGAUGGAAGAGUAUUAACUAUCGGUGGAGCAUUAUUUGAAAGUGAUCCUCUAAUUAGUGCCGAGCUAUACGAUCCAUCAACUGGUAGUUGGGCUGCUGUUGAAGACUUAAAUAGUGCACGACAGGAUCAUACAUCAUCUGUCUUACGUAAUGGACAAGUACUAGUCACUGGUGGCUUUGGCCCUUUUAUUCAGGCACUAGUUGAAUUAUAUGAUCCAUCAACAGAUCUUUCGACAACUCUCAUAGGCAUGAAACAUAAAGAACGAUCACAGCCAAUAUCUGAAAUAACAAAUUCAAAACUGUCGCUUGCUCGUAGAAGAAAUCGUUCUAAACUUCGUUAG